AUGCAAUUUUUUUUCGUAAUCAUCGUUCUUGCUCAUAUUGAAGUGUCUUACUCCUAAUGGUACAACACAAUUGCAGUGUUAGCAUCAAAUACAAUAUUUACAGAAUAAACUGGUCCCAAUGCAUAUUUAAAAUCUGGAACCUUUUUAUAGUAAUCUACACAAGUCACAGCCAAUUUUAUUACUUGUACAAACCCAAAAACUAGCUAUAUCACUUUAAAUAGUAAUUAUCCUACUGUUGUAACAAAUUAAACGCACUACAUAAACAUAGGAGAUUUUUUAGCCUUUGAUUUAUAUUUUCAAGGUACUUGGCAAAAUCAAUCAGUAAAAUUUAAAAUAGGUUCAUUUGAAUAUUAAUAUUAUUAUGAAUCUCCAUCGGUUUAUUCAUCAACUAAUUCAUUUUGUGAUUCAUUGGGUUCUGUUAUAAAAACAGUAAAUUUUACAAUGACAACUCUUAGCAAUAAUAAAAUUUUGUUUUUUUCCUCUAAUUCUGGUGAUGGGUUAGUUUCAAUCAAAAAUUUCUAUUCCUCUACUUUUAUUUGUUUUCCAUCUUGUUCCAAAUGUAGUGGUCCUGAUUUCUAAGAAUGUACAAUUUGCUAUUAUCAAACGCCUACUAAUGGAAUUUGCCCCACUUGCCCAGCAAAUGAGAUGCAAACUGAUUUGCCAUACAGAUUCUCCUUUUUUUAAGAAUGGAUUUUGUCAAAUUUACCCAAGUAAUCGCAUCACAAAUAUUUAGUUCAAACUUUUACAAAAACCUAUUUUACCUUAAAUGUCUCCCCAGAAAAUAUGAAAUGGUCAUUAAUCCUUGAUUCAAUACAUUUAGAUACUACUUUGCUUCCAAAUAUAUAUCUAAAUUAUUAAUACAUAUAUGGAGUAUUUAAAUAUAAUUCUGGAGUUUAUAGAUUUAUUAAUGAAUUAUCAAUUAAUUAUGCAACCCACUUAAUUGGAUUCCAUAUUACAUUAGUAACUUUCAAUGCAAUACCACUUAAUUGUGGUAUCCAAUUUAAAAUUAAUAAUACUUAUUAUGGAUCAAUAUAUCGAAACAACAUAGGUAUUCAAACACAUAAUGUCCAAAUAUAUGAAACUAUUAGCUCUGGUUCAUAUUUAACAUAUUUUGUCACGAAAUAUUUGUUAAUUACAUACCUUGAUAUUCCUAAAAAUCAAUUGCUGUUCUCAGCGAUUGGAAAUUACACCGAUAACACUGCUGGAUGGGGAAUAAUAUAAGUUUAAGUUACUGCAGGAUUAUGCCCAUAAAAUUGUGAACUGUGUGAGGUAUCAUUCAAAUGUAAGAUUUGUGAUAGUGGAUACUAUUUUUAUAAAGAUGGUACUUGUAUAAAUAGCUGCUAAUAACCAUAUUAAAAAUUAAAUGGCUCUUAUUGUGUAGAUUACGAUUAACAGACACCAUACUCCUAAUUUUUAAUUUAAGAAUAUCUAAAUCUAGAAAAUGAUCCUAGGUAAUACUCGUAAUAUACUUUAAUUUCCCAAAAUGGAACCAAUUUUUUAAAAGGAGAAGAUAUUUAUUAUUCAUAUUAGCAAAAUUAACGGGUUUUUGGAGGCCCACUAGUUUGGGCCUAAGCAAAAUUCAAAAGAGUUCAUAACAUAGUUGAUAAACAUCAUAGCAUUACUAUUGCCUUUUUUAUCCUAUAUGGACCAACAUUUCCUUUGGAUGGAUAAUUCAUAUAUACAAUUGAAAACAAUCCACCAGUUUCUAAAUCAAUAUCUAGUUAUUAUUCCUCUUAUUCUGAUGGAUCAAAAUAUGAUAGGGUAAAUUAAAUCAUAUCUCACAACACAAGUACCUUAACAAUCUAUUGGGAAUGUUUUGGACCCAAUAAUGAACCAAUUCAGGCCUACUGUGGAUUCUAUAAUUAUUAUAUAGCUGUUCAUAAAUGCAAACCUUAUUGCUUAGAAUGUUCCGAUUAAUAUAAGUGCACAUAAUGGAAUAGUACAUAUGAUUCUAAUGUUAUUAAAUUUUCAUAAGAAGAAUGCUUGAUUAACUAAUAUUAUGAUUAAGAUUCAGUUAGAUGCAUAAACUGCCCACCAUCUUGCUUAACAUGCACAUCUAAAUUAGAUUGUUAAAGUUGCGAAUCUACUUUUACUUUAAGUAAAUUGGGAUGUAUUUGUAAAUAGAAUUAAUACGAAGAAUCAAAUUAAUGUUUUGAUUGUCCUAUAGAAUGUAGUCAAUGUUUAAGUUCAAAUUAUUGUAUAGAAUGCUUAAUCAGUAAUAAUAGAUAAUUAUAGAAUGGAUAAUGUAAUUGUAUAGAUGGUUAUUACCCCAUACUAUCAGAUCCUCAAUGUCUUAUAUGUCAUAAAUUUUGUAAAACUUGUAUUGGACCUACUUCAGACGAGUGUAUUACUUGCAAAAAUAUUGAUAAUAUAGAAAAUGUAGGAUCAAUAUGCAGAUGUCCAACAGGAUCAUAUUAUUAAGAUUCAAUAUAAACAUGUUCUUAUUGUCAUUCAUCCUGUUAAUUAUGUUUUAGUUUUGGUAUUAAUGGUUGUUUAGCAUGUGAUUCUUCAUUACAUAGAAUAUUAAAAGGGUUAAGAUGUGAUUGUAAAUCUGGUUAUUAUGAAUAAAAUAAUAUUUGUACAAAUUGUCCAAUUAUAGAAGAUAAUUUAUUAAGUCAAUGUUAUAACUUAUGUAAUAAUAAUUAAUAGAUAUGGCAUACACUUACAUGUAAUUCUUGUGAUUUAGGAUUUUAAUUACUAUAAGGAGAGUGCGAACCUAUUUGUGGAGAUUUAUAAAUAAAAGGCUAUGAAUAAUGUGAGGACGGUAAUAGUGUUAUUGAUGAUUUAUGUUAUAAUUGUUAAUAUCAAUGUCCAGCUCAUUGUUUAACUUGCAACUAAAAUAGUACUUUACCAUGUCCAGAUAUUUGUGGUGACGGAUAUAUUACUGGAAGCGAAGAAUGUGAAGAUGGCAAUAUUAUUUAAUACGACGGAUGUUAUAAUUGUUAGUAUUAAUGCUAACCUUAAUGUACUAAAUGUAUUAAAGGGGAAUGUUUUGAAUGUGCUACUGCAGGGUGGUUUAUUGAUCCAACAGUCACUCCUUGGUAAUGUAAAGAAAGAUGUGGAGAUUUAUAAAUUAUUGGUGUUGAAUAAUGCGAAGAUGGAAAUACUUCAGAUACUGAUGGAUGCAAAGAUUGUAUGUAUUACUGUAGAAUUGGUUGUUCAUCUUGUGAUUACACCUCACAGACUUGUUUAAGUUGUGAGUUGCCUGGAUUUGUCCCAUAAUCAUAUUAUUGCAAGAAUAUUUGUGGAGAUGGUUUAGUAGUCACAGAUCCUUCCGGAAUAUAUUCAGAAUAAUGUGAUGAUAGUAAUACUAUUAAUUAUGAUGGCUGCAGCAGCUCAUGCACGUUUUAAUGUUAACCAUUAGCUAUUUGCACAAGUUGUGUUAACAAUAUAUGUGAAGUUUGUGCUCCUGAAUAUUUUCUGUCAUCUAAUAAGAUUUGUAUUUCAGUUUGUGGAGAUUCAAUAAUAGUAGAUGGCGAAGAUUGUGAAGAUAGCUUUAUAUUACCCUAUAAAGGAUGUCAAAAUUGUAUUUCUAAAUGUUAAUCUUCUUGUGUUACUUGUGAUAAUAAUGGACAAGGUUGUCUCUCUUGUAAUUCAGGGUACAAUAUAAUUGAUAAAUUAUGUUAUUCAAUUUGUGGGGAUGGAAUAGUAACCGAUGAUGAAUAAUGCGAUGAUGGUAAUAUAAUUUUCGAGGAUGGAUGCCAUUUCUGUUAAUUUAGUUGUGAGGAUUCAUGUCUUAAUUGCAUUUCAGGAGUCUGUUAUGAUUGCCUAGAUGGUUAUCAAUUAAUAUCAUUUAAAUGUUAUCCAAUUUGUGGAGAUGAAAUUUUGGGAUAUAAUGAAUAAUGUGAAAUUUUAGAUUCAUCUCACUCUUAUGGGUGUAAUAAUUGCAAAUUUAAGUGUGAUAAGAAUUGCUAAAUCUGCUUUUUUGGAAGGUGUUAAAUCUGCUAAGUUGGAUAUGAAAUAAAUCCAAUUCUGUAAACUUGUUAAAAAGAAUAUUAAUAGUUUGAUAUUCAGAUUGAAUUUUGUAAAAUAUAAAUAGCGUAUUUGGAACAGAUUUACCAAACUUGUACUUUAAAUUUGUAAUCUAAAUUAUGUACGAAGAAUUGUAAAGUUUGCUUAGAUUAAAUUUGUAUGGAAUGCUUUUCCGGAUAUUAUGGGCUUUAAUGUAUCUCCUAAUUUGGAGAUGGUAUAGUAGUUGACGAAGAGGUUUGUUAUGAUUAAAACAACUAAAGGAUGAAUGAUAAUAGAGAAUGCUAUUACAAUUGCGAUGUCAAUUGUAUGAGCUGUGUAAAUGGGAAAUGUGACUUGUGUUUAUAAGGGUUUUAUUUAUUUAAUAAUGAGUGCAUAUCAAAGAUAAUAAUUACUAUUUUGUAUUUGAAUGAUGAUUUAGAUAAGUGUGGAGAUUAUAAAAUAGGUAUCACUGAAGAAUGCGAAGAUUAUAAUUCUAACCCAUUUGAUGGUUGCAAUUAAUGCAAAUUUUAAUGCGAUUUAAAUUGUAUUACUUGUCAAUUUGGAAAAUGCUAAGGUUGUAUAGAUGGUUAUAUUGUCAAUACAAAUUAUAUGUGUGAGCCAGAAUGUGGAGAUGGCAUUUUGAUUCCAUUUACAAAUGAAUAGUGCGACAAUGCAGAUGAUGGUUGUUAGAAUUGUUAGUUUAAAUGCUAACCUUAUUGUCUCUAAUGUAAUUUACAAUGGUGUUUUUAAUGUUAAAAUGGAUUUUCAAUAUAUUUUAAUUAAUGCUUACCUAUUUGUGGAGAUGGAAUUUUAAAAAAGACUUUGAAGAUUGUGAGGAUGAAAAUGAUGAACAAUUUGAUGGAUGUUUUGAAUGCAAAUUUUAGUGUCAACAAAAUUGUGAAAUAUGCGAAUAAGUAUUUGAAAGAAGACUAAUGUUAAUCUGUCUGUGGAGAUAAGAUUAUUACUGAUGAUGAAUAAUGCGAUGAUGGAAACGAAACUCAAUUUGAUGGUUGCUAUGAUUGUUAGUAUUAGUGUAAUUAACAUUGUGUAUUUUGUGAAAUAGGAGUCUGCAUUGAAUGUACGAGAGAUUAUGCCUUGAUUAAUGGGCUUUGUAUUUUGAAUGAAUAGAAUGCAAUAAAAAUUAUAGAAUCUUUUGAUAAAAAUGAUCCUAAAUCAAAAGAGGCAAUUUUAGAUGGAAACGAGAUCUGCAAUUAAUUCGAAUGCUCAUUCUCAAAAUAACCAAACAUGAAAUUGACUUUUAGAUAGCAAUAAUUUUCUCUAUAAUACAUUGACAUUAGUUUUGACUAAUAAAUAAAAUUUAGAGAUCAAAUAAUAAAACAAAAAUCAUCGUUCAAUAUAAGCAUUAAUGAUUUAGAUCCCAAAGAUUAUAAUAUUACUAUUAAUCCAAUUUAAGAUAUUUCUUUUGAUCUCUAAUAUGCUUAUUAUUAGGUUAUAAUUGAAAUAUUUCCACAAGUUUUAAAUAAACCAAUCAUAUUCAUUUUACUUAAUCAAGAUGUUGUUAACUCGAAUAAUUAGCCACUAUAAUUUAAGAAUUAAUCCAUUUCCCUUUAAAUACCAAAAGUAAUUUCUGAAUCAAUAAAAUAAACAUCAAUUAAGGCAUAAUAAUCAAACAAAGCAUUUAUGAUAGGCGCCAUUUGCUUAUGUAUAAUAUCUUUAAUUUCAGGUGAAAGCUCUGUAGUUGUUGAAAUUUUUAAUAUUCUAUAAUAUCAAUCAUUCUUAAGAUUUAUUAAUGUUGAGUAUCCUGAGAACCUAUUUAUAUAUUUUUAAGCGUAGGAUUUGCUAUCGAUAACUUCUUAUUUACAAUUCUUUCAACUAGAUGAUUUUUUAAACUUAAUAACAAGAAAAGAAUUAGAAAAUGUUAAUGUAAGGGGAAAAUUUAAAGUAUACAAUAUAGAUGCUGAUCUUUUUACCAAUAUAUUUCCUCAGAUAAUACAAUUUCUUGUAUUGAUAACUAUGCUUCAUUUUAUCAAAAGAAUAUAGAGUUUAUUAGUCAAAUUACUUAUUUAUAAAACGGCUAUCUACCAUCUUUAAACAAAAAAAUCAAAGAUACUAAUUUCGGUUAUUAAUUUACUUCUUUAUUUAGGAAAGAGCGUUAAGAUAUUAAUCAGAUUAAGAUAUUUUUAUAACUUUGAUUAAAUUAGGGAACUAAUUUACUUAAAUUCAUGGGAUUUGAUAUUUAAGGUUAUUUUACAACUUCAUUACAAUCGAAUAGAUAAUAUUAGAAGUAUUUUAACAACUAUAAUUGCGGGGAUAAUAUUUCUCUAUUUUAUUUACUUUUUACUACAGUCAUUUAAAUAAUGCAGUGAUAUUUACAACAAAAAUAUCAAAGCAAAGCUAUAAAUUAAAUUUAUUACUUUAGAUAUGUGCAGAACAAUGCUUUUCCAUAUUGUUUUAAUAUUAUUCUAAGAUCAAUAGUUUUUACAAUGCUUACUACUCUCUUUCAGUAGUUUAUUUUAAUGUUACUUAUUAUAUCAAUAUAAAUAAUGCUCUAAAUCGGAUAGAAUUAUAUCCAUUUUAAUUGAAGCAACAUUAACUGUGUUUAGUUUAAGCUUAUUUUUUUAUCUUGAAAUUGAGUAAGUUUAACUUUCUUACGAAAAAAAAGUUACAUUGGGAUUUAUACACAUGAAUUCAUUGAUUUUAUGUCUGGCAAUAGUUCUUGCAAGGCAUUUAAUACCUAAAAUAAUUAAAAUCUUCAAAUUUAUGUGCAAAAAAGAGAUAGCUAAUUUUGCUUCGGAAGUAAUAUUUAUUUGA